GAAGCUACGUGAUGAAAGCGCAAUAGGAUUACGCGAGAAAUCACCAGAUAUAUCUCCUGCUUACUAUAACUAAGACCUUCCUUCUCUCCCGUUAACCAAGGAAAACAAGCAAUUCACAGCAACCAAUCAAACCCAUAAAUUUCUGUAGCAAAAACCCCAUUUCAGCAAUAUAAAAUGGCCAUGAUUCCAAGCUUCUUCGGUAACCCACGUAACAGCAUUUUCGAUCCUUUGAAUGCUUUCGACCUGUGGGAUCCAUUCAAAGACUUCCCAUUUCCUUCUUCAUCUUCAAUCAUCUCUCGUGAUAAUACUGCCUUUGUUAACACUCGUAUAGACUGGAAAGAGACGCCAGAAGCUCAUGUGUUCAAGGCUGAUCUUCCUGGGCUUAAAAAGGAGGAAGUGAAAGUGGAGAUUGAAGAUGACAGAGUGCUCCAAAUCAGCGGAGAGAGGAAUGUGGAGAAGGAAGAGAAGGAUGAUACUUGGCAUCGUGUGGAGCGAAGCAGCGGCAAAUUCUUGAGGAGGCUUAGGCUGCCGGCGAAUGCGAAGAUGGAUCAGGUUAAGGCCUCAAUGGAAAAUGGAGUUCUUACCGUGACUGUUCCCAAGGAGGAGGUGAAGAAACCUGACGUCAAGGCCAUUGAAAUUUCUGGUUGAUUAAUUACGCAUCCACACAGCCAAAAUAUGAAAAAAAAUGGCGUUUGGUGUGUGCGUGUAUGUAUGUUUGUUGGAGUUUCCGAGUGUGCUACUACGAAGUUAGAAUUACAGGUUUUGUUUAAUUUGGAUGUAAAAAGUAUUGGUCACUUUUUUCUAAUAUAAAAUAUUCUCUUCAUUUCGCUCUUCGUACCA